UACCUCGCCCUUUCACUGCAAGCAGGAUCAGAUUGCAUUUCUUUCAUUAUUCUCCACGCCCCAGUUUCUCCAUCUGCUUAAAAGUAGACAAGAUAAAUUCUCUCUUCGAUGCCUGGAAGGGAAAACAAAAUGAACUCAAUUCUGCUUUGAAAAAAUCUUUCUAAGAACUUUCUUCAGAGAUAUUACUCACAUCCCUGAAAUCUUCAUUAACAUAAUGAAGAAAGAACAGAUUUUGGGGGUUUCUGUAUGUCUGCUGCUUAGCUGUGCCUCUGCCCCUCUCAAUGCUGUUCCUGAGGAAGGUGAAGAAUAUACAAACAUUACAGAUGCUGAGUUGCCUCCACUGAAACCUGUGCAUUCAUUUUGUGCAAUGAGAGUAGAUGAUGGCCCAUGCAAAGCAAUGAUAAAGAGAUUUUUUUUCAAUAUUCAUACUCAACAAUGUGAAGAAUUUAUAUAUGGAGGAUGUAAAGGAAAUCAGAAUCGAUUUGAAACUCUGGAAGAGUGCAAACAAAAAUGUACAAGAGAUUAUCCAAAGUACACGAGAAAGACGAAAACAACACUGCAAAAAGAAAAGCCAGAUUUCUGCUUUUUGGAAGAAGAUACUGGAAUCUGUCGCGGUUAUAUCAUUAGGUAUUUUUAUAACAAUCAAUCAAAGCAGUGUGAACGUUUCGCAUAUGGUGGGUGCCUCGGGAAUCUCAACAACUUUGAAUCACUAGAAGAAUGCAAGAACACCUGUGAAGACACAUUGAAUGAUUUCCAGGUAGAUGAUCAUAAAAUCCAGGAUAAAGCUAUGAAUAAUGCCUCCUUGACUCCCCAGCCUAGCAAGGAACCCAGCUUCUUUGAAUUUAAUGGCCCCUCCUGGUGUCUGACCCCAGCAGAUAGGGGAUUGUGUCAAGCCAAUGUGACCAGAUUCUACUACAAUUCAGUCAUUGGGAAUUGCCUCCCAUUUAAAUACAGUGGAUGUGGAGGGAAUGAGAACAAUUUUACCUCUAGAAAAGCAUGCGUUAGGGCUUGUAAAAAAGGUUUCAUCCAAAGAAUAUCAAAAGAAGGAUUAAUUAAAACCAAAAGAAAAAGAAAGAUGCAGCGAGUGAAAUUAGAAUAUAAAUUUGUUACAUUACAGCAUUAUUUCUAAUAAACAUUUUGGACAAACA